CUGCGUAGGAGGGAUCGCCGGUCUUACCCGACAGCCUGAAGGGACGGAGUGGCAGGGCACCGGACGGACGGAUAAGCUGGGGUGGCUUCAGCGGCGUUAGCUGAACAGAGGCAGGUGGUUUGUUUGAACCUGGUUCCAGUGAGAUCCACACACUUUCAGUGGUUGGAUUUUCCUGGGGAGAAUCUUCAGUCAGAGUCUGACAGCCAAGGAUGGCGAGCAAGGGGCCCUCGACCUCUGCAUCCCCUGAGAACUCCAGUGCAGGGGGCCCCAGCGGUAGCAGCAAUGGUGCUGGCGAGAGUGGAGGGCAGGACAGCACCUUUGAGUGCAACAUCUGUCUGGACACAGCCAAGGACGCCGUCAUCAGCCUGUGUGGCCACCUCUUCUGUUGGCCGUGUUUACAUCAGUGGUUGGAGACCAGACCUAACAGACAAGUGUGUCCAGUUUGCAAAGCCGGCAUCAGCCGAGAUAAGGUCAUCCCGCUCUAUGGCAGGGGCAGCACUGGGCAGCAGGACCCCAGAGAGAAGACCCCUCCCCGUCCUCAAGGACAGAGGCCAGAGCCAGAGAACAGAGGGGGAUUUCAAGGGUUUGGAUUUGGAGAUGGUGGCUUCCAGAUGUCUUUUGGAAUUGGGGCAUUUCCCUUUGGGAUAUUUGCCACAGCAUUUAACAUAAAUGAUGGGCGGCCUCCUCCAGCUGUCCCUGGAACACCCCAGUACGUGGAUGAGCAGUUCCUGUCACGCCUCUUCCUGUUUGUGGCCCUAGUGAUCAUGUUCUGGCUCCUGAUUGCCUAAUGCUGGGCUCCCAGCCUACAUCCAUGGCAGGGCCUCUGGACUGGUGACAUGCCACACCCACUCUUGAUGUUUGGCUUCCUGGCUAAUCCUGAUCCCUGGAAUCGGUGGGGUCAGUAACACAUCAAGGAGUUUUGCUUCUCCAUCAGAGCUUAAGGACUCAAGACCAGUUGUCAAGGACUUUGGAGUAUGGCCACUGCUGUAAACACCCUGCUAUAACCUCAGUCCUUGGCGUUGAGUCAUCUCUCGUGAGUUACACCAUGAAAUCCUGUUCCAGCCAGCUCAGCAGGUCCUGACUCUGCACAAGAAAGAGGCAGGAAGAGAGAAACUGUCAGUACAAUUUUACCUGAGUUUAAUAUUAUAAAAAUAAAGGGAUGAACCAAAUAGAAACUUUCUUUCAUCUCUUUAAAUACCCCUUGGUGAGUGGCCUCCAAAAUCAGUGGACUCCUCAUAUAGAGAGGUUCCUCCCUCUGUAUCCCAGUGCUGCUCUGCCCUAUCUCCUUCUCCUCAGCAGAAAUGCAAGAAAUCGCUGUCCUUAUAAAGAUCAUAAUUGCAGCAGCUAAAGCGGGAGUCACUUCAUGAAUUCACCAGAGAUCCAAAGAUCUUUUAUUGGCUCUGGGACAUGCUCAGUCUCUUUGGCUCCAGAGAGUGGCUUGAAUGACCUCCUGGUUUCCUGGAGUAGAUUAUCCCCAGAGACAUGUGGCUUCAGUCACAGAUUUCCCAUCAUCUUUCCUCCCCAAAUAUGUGCAUCUGCCAGAGGACGCACAGUGGAGACUACUGCUGAAGCUGGAACUGACUACUCAUUAGGAAAGACCUGCCAGUGGGGCUCUGGUGUAUUUGGAGCUCUGAUGCAAGAACAACUGAACAAGCAGCCCUGUCCCCAAGGCUACAAAAGCUCUGGGUGCAUCCUCUCAGACCCACCCAAUGGAAACUGGCUGCUUUGUCACGUCGGCUCAGCUGCAUGUUGAAGACCAUCUUCCCCAGAAGCCAAAUUGUCCUUUAUGAAGAGGCAGGAGUGGGGAGACCCACAUAUGACCCUGGUUUUGGUAUGGCUUGGGUGGAUACCCCUGAAAACUUGUAUCUAUGCUAAAACCAGAGAGAAGCGUGAAACUGCAGAGCAAGCAACUCUUCAUGAUUUUUAAAGCCAGGCAGCAGGGCCUAGAGACCAUGGUGAUAUGGUGUGGUCUUCCCCAGGAAAUUUCCAGGGGAAAUCAUCUUCCCAAGCCCUUGACUUGUUUUUCCACUUCACAGACUUUUUCCUCAGAAUCUGAUUAAGGGAGUGAUUCCAGGCAGCAGGACAGUUCACUUGUGGAAUAGUUCUCACUGUGCUGGUCAGGCCUCUUCCUAGAAAUCCAGCCCCUUCCAGCAGAUUCCAGGGAUCGAAGGAGAUGGACUUCCUCUGGGGGCCUCUCUGUCACUUUACCAGUCCACACUGCUCCUGGCUCACCCCCAGCCAUAGCCAACAAGUGGUAGAAAGCCCCACCUAGUGCUUUUUUCCAGAUGUGGCUCUGCAUAGCAUGUGGAAACCAAGACCUUGAGGAAGAUGAGGGAAGUCUUCCUCCUCUCCUCUCCACAGGCCCCACCCCUUCCCCUUUGUACCUGUCAAUGCCAGAGUUCAGUGUUUAAUCAGACAAAAUGUAAGUAUUGAAUAGGUGGUUUUGUUUGCCGAA